ACUAAGAGCAAUGAUGACCUCUUAGCGGGGAUGGCAGGUGGUGGUGGAGUGACAAUGACCAACGGUGUCAAGGCAAAGAAGAGCACUUGUGUAUCAACAGCAUCUUCAGCUUCAGGGACAACCAUGAACAGUCUGGAAAAUAAACCCAAAACUAUUGCAGGUACCAGUUCCACAACUAAGCGUAGCACUUCUUCUGGAAAUAAAGAGUCAAGCUCUUCUAGAGAAAGGAUACGCGACCGUUCUCGUUUAAGCCAGAGCAAAAAGCUGCCUUUGACUGGCCAGGGAACCAAUGAUACGGUACUGGCAAAACGCUUCCGCAGUCGCACCAACCCAGAAUCAGAUAUUCGAAUGAGCAAGUCCAAAUCAGACAAUCAAAUCAGUGACAAAGCUGCAUUGGAAGCAAAGGUGAAUGAUCUUUUGACAUUGGCAAAAACUAAAGAUGUGGAAAUCUUGCAUCUGAGGAAUGAGCUAAGGGAUAUGCGUGCUCAACUGGGACUUAAUGAAGAUCAACUUGAAGGUGAUGAAAAAUCUGAGGAAAAAGAGGCCAUAGUUGUCCAUCAGCCAACUGAUGUAGAGUCUACAUUGCUACAGUUACAGGAGCAAAACACUGCCAUCCGAGAAGAGCUCAACCAGCUGAAGAAUGAGAAUCGAAUGUUAAAAGACAGACUAAAUGCAUUAGGCUUUUCUUUGGAACAAAGGCUGGAUAACUCUGAAAAACUCUUUGGCUAUCAGUCCUUGAGUCCAGAGGUUAUAGCUGGCAAUCACAGUGAUGGUGGUGGUACUCUGACAUCUUCAGUGGAAGGUUCUGCUCCUGGAUCAAUGGAAGACUUGUUAAGUCAGGAUGAAAACACUUUGAUGGACAACCAACAUAGUAAUUCCAUGGAUAAUUUAGACAGUGAGUGCAGUGAAGUUUAUCAGCCACUGACAUCAAGUGAUGAUGCCUUAGAUGCUCCAUCAUCUUCAGAGUCAGAAGGUGUACCAAGUAUAGAAAGAUCUAGGAAGGGAAGUAGUGGCAAUGCAAGUGAAGUGUCCGUAGCUUGUCUGACAGAACGGAUACAUCAAAUGGAAGAGAAUCAACACAGUACAGCUGAAGAGCUCCAAGCCACACUUCAAGAACUUGCAGAUUUGCAACAAAUAACACAAGAGCUAAACAGUGAGAAUGAAAGACUUGGAGAGGAAAAAGUAAUCCUCAUGGAAUCCUUGUGCCAGCAAAGUGACAAGUUGGAACACUUCAGCCGCCAGAUCGAGUAUUUUCGGUCCCUUUUAGAUGAACACCAUAUUUCAUAUGUAAUUGAUGAAGAUAUGAAAAGUGGUCGCUACAUGGAGUUAGAGCAACGUUAUAUGGACCUUGCAGAGAAUGCUCGGUUUGAGCGAGAGCAGCUGUUAGGUGUUCAGCAGCACUUGAGCAACACUUUGAAGAUGGCAGAACAAGACAACAAGGAGGCUCAAGAAAUGAUAGGGGCAUUAAAAGAACGAAAUCACCACAUGGAACGGAUUAUUGAGUCAGAGCAGAAAAGCAAAACAGCAAUAGCAUCUACCUUAGAGGAGUACAAAGCCACAGUAGCCAGUGACCAGAUUGAGAUGAACAGGCUGAAAGCUCAGUUAGAGCAUGAAAAGCAGAAAGUGGCUGAGUUGUAUUCUAUACACAACUCUGGAGACAAAUCAGAUAUACAAGAUUUGCUGGAGAGUGUCAGGCUGGAUAAAGAAAAAGCAGAGACCUUGGCCAGUAGUCUGCAAGAAGAUCUGGCACACACCCGCAACGAUGCCAACCGACUGCAGGAUGCCAUUGCUAAGGUUGAAGAUGAAUACAGAGUGUUCCAAGAAGAAGCCAAGAAACAAAUUGAGGAUCUCAAUGUGACUCUAGAAAAGCUUCGGACAGAACUAGAUGAAAAAGAGACUGAGAGAAGUGACAUGAAAGAAACUAUCUUCGAGUUGGAGGAUGAAGUAGAGCAGCAUCGUGCUGUGAAGCUUCACGACAACCUCAUCAUAUCUGAUUUGGAGAAUACAGUGAAAAAACUUCAAGACCAAAAGCAUGACAUGGAAAGAGAGAUAAAGAAUCUCCACAGGAGACUCCGGGAGGAGUCAGCAGAAUGGCGUCAGUUCCAGGCUGAUCUACAGACUGCAGUGGUUAUAGCAAAUGAUAUCAAGUCUGAGGCCCAGGAAGAGAUAGGAGACCUGAAGCGUAGAUUACAUGAAGCUCAGGAGAAAAAUGAGAAGCUCACUAAAGAGCUGGAAGAAAUCAAGUCACGCAAGCAGGAAGAGGAACGUGGUCGAGUGUACAAUUACAUGAAUGCUGUCGAGAGAGACUUGGCAGCUCUGAGACAAGGAAUGGGCCUGAGUCGCAGAUCAUCCACCUCCUCAGAGCCAACUCCUACAGUAAAAACACUCAUCAAAUCAUUUGACAGUGCCUCCCAAGUUCCAAGCCCUGCUGCUGCCACAAUUCCUCGCACUCCCCUGAGCCCAAGUCCCAUGAAAACUCCCCCAGCUGCUGCUGUAUCCCCUAUGCAGAGGCAUUCUAUAAGUGGACCAAUCUCGGCUUCAAAACCCCUUGCUACGCUGACAGACAAAAGACCAAGCUAUGCUGAAAUCCCUGUUCAAGAACAUUUGCUGAGAACAUCCUCUACCAGCAGGCCAGCAUCUUUGCCAAGAGUACCUGCUAUGGAAAGUGCCAAAUCUAUUUCUGUCUCUCGAAGAAGUAGUGAAGAAAUCAAGCGGGAUAUCAGUGCAUCUGAUGGAGCAUCUCCAGCAUCUCUUAUGGCAAUGGGUACCACCUCACCACAACUGUCACUCUCAUCUUCUCCUACAGCAUCAGUCACCCCUACAACCAGAAGUCGAAUAAGGUAA